GGGCUGGGGGCGUAGUUCAGUGUGAAAAGAUUAUAGAGACCCGGGAGAGAGUUAAUAACAAGCUGGUUUCAAUACUGGGCAAAGAAAAGCACAUUCAGCCUGGAAAAAUGAAGCUAAGAGAUCCGGGGACAAAUGGUCUGAAAUACAGACAUUACGUGGGAAGGAGAAACCCAGACAGCAGCAAGGCUGAAACCUAGGGGCAAGAGGGGCUGGCAAUGUGACGUGAGGUGGAUGUGAAAUGGCGAAUGAAAUGUUGGCUUUUAUACACAAGUUACAAAAUGCAGAGCUAAGUGAAAGUGCCUCUUGUAUGUUCCGUUCACGUCUGCUCACCCCACGCCACUAGGGGGAGUUCAAUUUUAAUGUUGCUAAAAAAUUAUUAGCGGGUUGGGGGUGGGGUUGUGGAAAUGAUUUAUAAAGAAAAAGUAAGACUCCAGUUCAUCAGGGCAUCUUUGAAGUUAAGCGUCUGCUUAGUGCUUUGCUGAACUGGGGCCCAGACUAAUUCUUCCCUUACUCCCAAGGGCGUUGGAAGAGUAAAUUCAUUCAUGUUUGUGAGAUGCUCAGAUACUGUGGUGAUGGAACCAGAUAAGCACCUCGAUACUUAGUAAAGGCCUGAUUCUGCGUUCCUGGUACAUGUCAAACUUCCAAAGUCACUGGCGUUGGGCGCACAUGGAGUGCAGGUUCUGCCCUAUGGGAUACCCAUAGUUGUAGAUUUGGGAGCUCUAAGACUGCUCUGGGAAAGCAUGAAGUAAAAAUGGCCCAAAUCCUGAGGUCCUUACUAGGCAAAUUCCCAUUUUUGUCUAAAUGCCUGAUCCUGCUUGCAUCGACCCCAAUGGCAAAGCUUCUGUUGCCCUCAGUAGUGUAGGAUCAACCCCCAAGUAAGGACUGAAUAAAAACCAAGGAAUAACCUGGUCCCAAAUAUCCAAGAACAGGAGCUGACGCAUUAAUGGAACAAUGCAAAAUACGUAAGCGAUGCAAAUAGAAUAAAAGCAUUAGAUCUGCUGUAACUCUCCUGGACAGAGGUAAAGAAGGCAGAGCCCUGUGCGACUUACUAAACCGUGCAGGAGACAUUCCUGAUUUCAGAUCCAAACAGUUUCAUUUCAGAGAGAAAAUGAGAUAAGCCCCCUCAGAUGGACAGCAGUUCCGUCAGUCUCAAGAAGCUCAAGUUUGGGAAGUUGAAGGUGGUGCGUCGGCACUUGCUGCAGCGGUAUGAACAUCAGCCCUUCAUCUCCUGCCUGGCGGGGCUCUACAGCUGCCGGUGGAAGCGAUACCAGCGGAGAAGGACUGAGCCAGGACAAUGCUGCUGCAAGAUGUGGGAAUGUGUGUUCUUCCCAUUUCUCGUUGGAGCAUUCUGCCUCUCUUUGGUCUUUCUGUACAUGUGGGGGGAAGCAAAGAAUGACUACAAUAACUUCGACUGGUACAACUAUGGAAACAUAGGCCACUGGUUCCUCUGGUCUGUUCUUCUUCUGAUUCUAGCUGCAGUCUUGUUUACCUACAUCACACUGUUACUGGUUCUAGCAGUGUGUUUGCUAUCAGAAGGUCAGCAGUUGUACCUGCACUGGAGUCACAAGAUUGGAACUUUUUUGGUAUUGGGCUUCUCCAUAGCUGGCAUCAGUGUAUUUUCUAAACUGUGGAGAGUUCGAUGGAAAACUGUCCGCCUGUCAUUGCAGGUCACAGCUCCCUAUCUCCACAUAGGUGCAAUAGCAGCCAUGGUCCUUCUGUCUUGGCCAGUGGCUUUGCAUGCCUUCCGAACGCAUAAAAAAGUGAUUCAGGCAAUAAUUAUUGGUCCAUACCUGGCUAUCCUUGUCCUUCUUUUCUUGAUACCUCUGGGGAUGUAUUCCCCCUGCAUCAGAGAGGUGGGGACUCUGGGCCCCAAACCAGCCCUCAUUGGACACAGAGGAGCACCAAUGCUGGCUCCAGAAAACACGGAGAUGUCAUUUCAGAAGACCAUUGACCACGGUGGGGAUGGGCUUGAGACAGACGUCACAAUUAGCUAUGAUGGGAUCCCCUUCCUGAUGCACGACAGCAAUUUACAGAGGACAACAAACAUCCGGGAGGUCUUUCCCAGUAACUCCACUCAGAACGCUGCACUGUUUUCCUGGGAUGCCCUAGAACAGCUGAACGCAGGAAAGUGGUUCCUCAAGGACACACCAUUUUCAUGCAUGGGCUCACUGUCAAGUGCAGAUCAAAAAUUGGCAAUGAAUCAGUCAAUUUACAAGCUAAGUAAUUUCCUGAGACUUGCCGACAGUGCGAAUAAACUUGUGAUAUUUGAUCUCUACCGCCCUCCAGAGAAACAUCCUUACAGGAACACCUGGAUCAAUAUAACACUGGAAGUGAUCCGUGACUCAGGGAUUAACCCUCAUCUGGUCCUGUGGCUGGACAACACUAUGAGGUCCUUUGUUCAGGCUGUAGCUCCCGGGUUUCAGCACACCAUGGCCAGUAAGGCCCCAGUUGAUCAGCUAUUGAGAGACAAUAUUGUGAAGCUCAAUCUAGUCUAUUCUACAAUGUCCAGUGAAGAUAUCCGGAAAUACGCUCAGGCCAACAUCACCACCAACCUCUAUGUGAUCAGUGAGCCAUGGCUCUUCUCUCUGGCCUGGUGCGUCGGAGUGCACUCUGUGACCACCAAUGCCGUACAGUUCCUGAAGGACAUCAACCGACCUCUCUUCCUCAUGACCCCAAAGGAGUACAGAAUAAUGUGGCUUCUCACAGAUGUAGUCGCAGCCCUGCUCAUCUCACUCAUAUUUGCUCUGCAUUGGUGGAGAGAGAAGGGCUUCUCCUGUUGUUCAGAUGACAGCGGCGUAGUGCUCGAGAAUGGUACAUACAACAAAUUCCGAACUGAGCUCAAUGAUCUGCCGACUGUCGUGGCCUGAGAGAGCCAGGCCAGCGGUGUGGUGCUGAGGUCCGACUUGUCAUCUGGAGAACAGCCCGCCUCAGACAGGGGAGGAGCUAUGGCACCACACGGACACUGAAUUGGGACCAAGCUGGAGAAGCCAGGUGCCGCUGUGCUGUCAGCUGAGCUGGCUCACUAAGGAGGCCUGUUAGUCAGGGCACUGCUUGUACAUGACUGUGGCAGUGGAGAUCGGAUGAGCCUGAAGGGCCUUUUAACUCCAUGAUCCCAUGCAGAGGGCAGCUAGUCUCUGGGACUCAGCUUGAUGGCUACGAAGUGCCCCUCCCUUCAGAAAUGCCUAAGACUCCUUCCAUAGGCCUCUCCCCAGUGGGAGGCUCCAGGGCCUGCUUGGGAAGGUGGCUGGAUGGGCGAGCAGCUGUAGCGGCCGGCUGUCGACAGAUACGAGGAAGGACCCUCCCAGCGGAACUGAGUCUGUCUCUGCUAUCGCUGGCCUUUAGCCCUGGGAGAGUCACCUGGAACGCACCCUUUAAUAAGUGGAUUUAAAGCUGCUGUUGGUUUAAGUAUUUUUGUAUGGAGGAAAUAAAACCCACCUGCAGAGAGAGCAUC